GCCACGCAGGAGAAUGUGCAUUGAAAGAGCAUGGGAGCAGUCGAACCACCCCUUGUGUUUCUGUUGCUUGAUUCGACUUUAUUGUUGUUGGAGUUGAAUAUUGAACUUGUUGCAAGAACAAUUGUAUUAUUUGAACUGGAUAAGGUGUACAUAGGGCUGUCAAAAUGGUUUCGGGUUUUCGGUUUAACCCGAAACCGAACCGCCAUCAAUCAUCUGCGGGUUCGGUUUGUUCGGUUUCAACCCGCGAAGUUACAUGUUGGGUUCGGUUUCAUGAACCCGAAACCAGAGAGGGAACCCGAAAACCGAAUUGCAAAAACAGCUGCUUCAAGUUCCUACGGUGACGUUUUGUUGUAGGGAAUUCUUUCGCUUCGAGCCUUCGGCAAUUGACUUAGGGGUUAGGGCUGUGACUGUGAGCAUCGCGCCGCGCGGCAUCGCCAUUCGCCAGACACUCGACGAUCGGCAGCAACUCUACCCUGCAGCGCCAACCCUACCCUGCAGCGCAGUUAGAGACUCCCCCGUCGCCGGCCGUUGUUCAAGAUCGAAGCUUCCUCCGUCAGGGGUCGACGCCGGCGCAUCUCGGUCUCAAGCCCUUUGAAGCUUCGACAAAGGAGACGCCACCCCUUUGCAGUUUGCACAACACUUCGCCAUGGAAUCCCAGUGAGUCUCUUCGCCAUGGGUCUGCUCUGUUCUCGUUUCCCUUUACAUUCUGUGUUCAGUGCUCUGUUCUCGUUUCCCCUGCCUAUUGUUCUGGAAGCAGAGUGUAAUUCGGUCAUGGCGCUUUAGAGAUAUAGGAAAAUGGAUACUCAAAGCAAAAACAGAAUACAGUUCAUAUAGAAAGGUCAUAUACAGACAGUGUUCAAUCUACUCUAAUAAAGUAGUGUCUAAUCAGAAUGGUAGGUUGUAAAAGUUGAUAUUCGAAUGAAUGAUAGCUGUAUACAAGAGAACAAUGACCAGUUCUUUUUUCUUGGUGGAUUGCCGCUUCACUGAUCACUAUUGUUAUUGUUACCCUCUUUGAUGGGUUUGAUGUUUGGAGGGGUGGAAAAGGAGACCUCUGUUCUAUCUACAACUUUUGUGUUUUUACCUAAACAUCCUGCUUACUAAUCAUGUUUAUAGAUGUUGACCAUGUUAUGUAGAGACCGGCCCAUUUCCCUUUUUAAAGCUCAAUCGUAUGCUAGGAGUAUCAUAUGCCACCACUAACUUCCAUGUUUUGUUUGUUUGCAUAAUUUUUUGGGGAAUUAUGUUAUAGCAUUCCUUGUACAUCCUGCAGCUAGCCUUCAACCAAUGUACCUCCUGCUCAAUCAUGUGCUAGGAAUUAAUGUCACCUCCAUAACACUCAACUUUUCAUUUUUACAGGGGAAGUGAGGCACCAUCGGCUUCUCGUCCUAAACGUGGAGGACGCUCUAAGAGUACCAGCAUUCCUGCUCCUGCACCAUCUUCUGCACCGUCUUCCGAUCCUGCUCCUGCUUCUGCACCGUCUACCGGUACCACCAAUGUACCUCCUGCUCAAACAAUAGACGAGGAGACAAUUUCAAGAAAAAGGAAAGAAAAGUCUGACGUUUGGCCACACUUCAAGCGUUUUAGGAAGGAUGGGUUGGACAAAGCAAGAUGCAUUUAUUGCAAUGGUGUUCUUAUGGCUCCCACUAAAUAUGGGACUUCUACUCUGCGGAAUCAUAAAGAUAGUUGUUUGGAAAAGAUACAAAAGGGUGAGCAAGUAUUUUGGAUGGCAAGUAUCUGCAGAUGAGGUGCGUGGCUCACAUUAUUAAUUUGGCUGUGAAGGAUGGGCUUAAAGAAACUGGUAAAUCUGUGGAGCGAGUGAGAGAAUCUGUGAAGUGGGUUAAAUCUACACCAGCUAGGAGCAGAAAAUUUAAAGAUUGCAUUGAGUUUGAAAAGAUAGCUUCGAAGAAAUUUGUUUCUUUGGAUGUAGCUACAAGGUGGAACUCAACGUAUCUGAUGUUGGAAUCUGUAAAGCCAUUUGAGAAAGCAUUUCAGACAUUAGCUAGAAAUGAUAAGAAAUUCAAGAAACAUCUCAAUGAAAAAAGAUAUGGAAAUGAAAGUCUUGGUAUCACGACUUCUGAUGAUUGGUCUAGUGUGGGACGGUUGAUUGAUUACCUGAAGCUAUUCUAUGAUUUGACUGUUCGAGUUUCUGGGACUUCAUAUGUGACUUUACACCUCUUGUUUGAUGAGGUAUGUGAAAUGUAUACUAUGAUAUCUGAGUGGGCUGAUGGUAUAGAUUUUGAGGUGUCUUGCAUGGCUGAUAGAAUCAAGUCCAAACUUGCCAAGUAUUGGUUUGAAGAUGAGUUGGAGAAUUCAAAGAUGAAUCGGUUGUGUUAUAUGGCAGUCAUAUUAGAUCCUAGGCGGAAAGUUGAAUAUCUUGAACAAGCUUUGAAAAAGGUGUAUGGUGAGAGCAGGGGUAAAGCUUUGGUCGAAGAGGUGAAGGAUGAAAUGCGUCUUCUGUUUGACCAUUACAAGCAUAGGCUCGGACUUCCUGGCAGUUCUCCCAUUGUGAUUCAGGAAGAUGUGCAAGAACCUAGUGGAAGUGGGGAUGGGAAGAAGAAAGGGAAGAUUUGGGGUGAUUUCAGGAAAAUGAAAAGAGAUGCCAUUCUGAAAGGAACCAGAAAAAGUUCAAAAUCUGAGUUUGAUAGGUACCUUGAGGAGGAGGAGGAUGAUGAAGUGGUUACACGAGCAUUGGUGGGUUCAGAAGAGGAUGAAUACAAAUUUGACAUCUUGGGAUGGUGGUCGCGAAGUGGGAUGAAAUAUCCUACUAUUUCUGAGAUGGCUAGGGAUAUUCUUGCUGUUCCUAUUUCCACUGUUGCUUCUGAGUCGGCAUUCAGCACAGGAGGUCGAGUUUUAGAUUCGUUUAGGACCUCCUUAUCCCCUGAAGUUGUGGAGGCGUUGAUUUGUUCUGAAGAUUGGAUAAGAUCUUCAGACUUUGAGUUGGUGGCUGAUGGAGAAGAUGAGGGUGAUGAAGUGGUAUUUCAAAAUGUAUAUGUAGCUUUUCAAGCUCGGAGUGCAAGUGCACCUGCAGGACCUAGUGGAAGCUCUCGUGCAGGACCCAGUGGAAGCUCUCCUGCUACCCAUGUUUUGGUCUCGAGUCCUACUAUGUCACAAGUGGAAGAAGACUAUGUCGACAACAAUUCCGAUGAGAAUGAUGAGACUUAUGUAGAUGUAGAGCCUGAUGAGGACUGAUAAUGGUAGUAGUAUUUAUCUUGUAUGGUGGAUGAAUUUUUAUUUUACUUGGAUGUUAUCAUUUGAGAAUUGUAAAACUAAUGUGUUUAAUUACGAGUUGAACUUGGUCCCCCAUAAACAAAAUGAGGUAAGCAACUCAUGUGAAACAAUUCAUAAAACGAUAGAUUUUGCACACAAUCAUCUCAAAAAAUUUUAAAAAAAACCCCAAACAAUCUCAAAAUAAAUAAAAACUUAACCCCUCAAUCGUCAUCUUUCCUUCUCUAACUUCUUAAUUAUGAAUUUUUAAAUCAAACUCGUCUCAUCUAAAUGAAAUUAUAAUCAAGGA